GUUGUCUUCCGUAAACAUUUGAAUUAGGAAAUGUGGAAAAAGCCUCGCACAUUUUCAAAGUAUUUGUGUUUUCAAAUACUUUGAAAAUACAUGUAAAAAUUUACUUUAGCGAUUAUGAUGUACUUUGAAUUGUUUUUUGUGUUGGCUUGCUUAUCUAAAUGCUAUUGUUUGAACAAAGCGGACGAGCAGGAGCACUGCGAUCAGCUCAAACAGUGGCUAGAAUCAUCCUCUGUGUCCCUGGAGCUUAGCAAGAAGGGCUUCCACAGGGAGGUGACAACCACUGUUGAGCUCAGACCAAGCGCACUCAGUGGCGCCAGCGUUUUGCUGCUUUACAGAUGGCCGAAUGGCGUCUUUGUAGAUCCAUAUCAACUGGCAUCCCUAAGUGAUCAAAGCAACUUUGAGAUAUUGCUAGAUUCAGCCAUUGACCUCGAAGUGCCUGCUCACAAGACGUCUGGAUUUCUUACCUAUGUGUUUCCCUCCCAUACUGGAUCAGCUCCCAGUUUCCUACAAUUAACAAUUCCAGUACACGGGCGCUAUCACGAGCCCUCUUUUGCUGGGGAAGCAUUCGCAUCUGUUCACAUUGAACCUCCUGACCUGCUGCUGCGCACAGAAAAAUGCUCAGAUCUUCGCAGAUUUGAUUCUCAUUCUGUAGUGGACGCUCCAUGCACUGUCAGCAAUUCCAGCACAUGCUCAUGGGUGAAACAACCUCUGCAGCAGGAGUCCAGCACCGUCAGUGUCAUGUUACCGGUUGGUGACGGGUCAGCGACGAUGCUCGUCUGCGGUGGGACUCUUCUUGCCACUAUGGUCUGCUGUGUGGCGUUGUCUAAAUACAUGUUGAAACAUCGACUUGUUUAAGCUGCAACAGUCAACAGGACUUGUUCUAAACAGGGUUAUAAUGUGGAGCAGUCAUGUCUGGGGCCAGGAUCAUCCUAGCUGCUUGCUGUAAAUGCAAAACAGAUCUGUAUCUGUUGUGAAAGAAUCCCAGGUAUCCACAUCUCAAACUCUCCCAGAGGAGCGUAAUGCGACUCAAUGAUUUUACAGAUUUUUUUAAAUUCAUUUUUUUGAUAUGAAAUUGAAAUUUUGCUCAGACAUUAUCAAAAGAUAACUUGUUGUUGUUGUUGUUUAAGCAGUUGGGAAACAGAAAUAAAGAAUGUCUAGAGCUACAAAGGAUGUUUUAGAUAAAUAAAAUAUGUCAAUCUUAUAUUUGCUUGUACAUGUCAGAAUAAUUGCUAACGUUGAUGAAAUAAACGUGAAACAUUAA